AUGAGUACUCGGCAAAGGACAGUCUUGGUCACCGGCACAGCUGACACGGAGAAAUUGAACAGAUGCACCCCAGGAGGCAUCGGACACGAACUCGCUCUGGAAUUCCUGCGUCAAGGCUUCCAAGUCUUCGGCACAGUGCGCUCCGACGAGGCCAAAAAGACGCUUCUGAGCGAGGGCGUCAUAGCCAUCGAGCAUGAAGUCACAUCGGCAGAAAGCAUCCAAGCGCUGCACGACGUUCUAUGUAAGCGCAUCGUAGACGGGAAGCUCGAUAUUCUGAUCAACAACGCCGGCAUAAGCUUCACCGUGCCGGUGCUUGAUCUCACAAUCGAGAACAUGCGCAAGGUGUUUGAAAUCAACGUCUUUGGCGGUGUCCUGCUGACGCAGAAACUUGCUCCGAUGCUCAUAGCUGCAAAGGGGAAAGUAGCCAAUAUUGGGUCGGUGGCGGGCGUCAUUCCCUAUGUAUUUGGAGGAUGCUACAAUGCGUCCAAGGCGGCACUGCAUGCCUUGACGGACGCGCUGAGGAUUGAAAUGGAGCCGUUUGGAGUCCAAGUUGUACUAGUCGCCACGGCUGGUGUAAAAAGUAAGACUUCAGAUGUCAAGAAGAGGCUUCCGCCCAACUCGCUCUACAUGCCGAUAGAAGAGGAUUAUCUGUUUCGUCAGGGGAACUCGCAGCGUACGGCUAUGCCGACGGAGGUGUAUGCGAAGAAGGUGGUGGCCGAUUUGCUGAAGCCGAAGACGAGUGCUUGGUUGUGGCAUGGACAUCAGGCUAGCGUGGUUCGAUGGCUUUCGUGGCUUAUGCCUCGUACCUUUUGGGACAACUAUUUUGCGAAGAAGUUUGGACUGAGGAAAUUCAAGGCAUAG